AUGGAAAACACGAACCCAUUUCCCCGCGAUCAAACUGGACUAUCCCGAAACCGAUUAGGUAACAGAAUAAAAAAACCCGUCGUUUUAGGCGAAAUGAUUAGACAAAAUAAAAUGGCCGUCAAACCGUUGCUUGCUAGAAAUAGGAAAGAAAUAGAAAUAUCAAAAUCGGUACCCGAUUUAACUCGAUAUCCGCGAGUGAGUCGAUUAAAAAUUUCUUCUUCUACCGCUGUAACUGUUUCUAAUAAUAAUUUAUUAAAAAUUAACUCGUGGGAAAGCAUGGCGACAGCGAGGAAAAAUUCUGGGGACAGUACAUUUAAUCACAGUCGAAUUCCCAGAAGAUCCGUUGCCGCGAACAAAUUAAAAUCUUUCGAGUCAAACGAAAAAAUAUUUAAAAAACCCAAAAAAAUAGAAAUGGGAAAAAAAAUUAUGGAAAAAAAUUUCGUCGGUAAAACCAUGGAAAAUAAAAGGAAGUUUGCUUGCAUAGAAGGGAUAUCGGGAAAUUCGAAGAAAAGCAUCAUGGAAAGUGAAAAACAAUCUCCGUCAAAUUACAAUUUUAACCUUUCGAUGAAUAAUAGAACGGAGGAAUGUAAGAAAAUAGUCAAGAGAAUAAUGCUGGAUAAGAAAAUGUUGGAAAUCGGGGAAAAGGAAAGGAGUUCCGUGGAUUUUGUUGAAAAUUCUGCCGGAAUACUCAACACGGAAGAAAUGGCGGAUUUUUUGUUAAACGAUUUGCAAUUUAAACACAUUGACUCUAGUAAAACUUCGAAUGAACUCGAUAAAUCGAGCAAAAGAAAUUCAAGUGAAUUUGAUGAUUCCAUCGGUUCCUUUUUCUCGGAUCAAACGGUUAUAAAUAUUCUCAAGUCGACGGAAAUAUUAAAUUUGUGCGAUUCGAAACAGGAUUUUUUAAUUGAUAAUCCUUUAGACGUAAGUAUAUCGGAGGAUAAUUUAACACCCGGUUUGACGAAUUUAAGUAAUUCAAUUGAUAGAACUCCGUCUGCGGAGGAAUUGCCCAUGGAAUGCGAAAUGGAACCGGUUUCGGGUAAUUCUACGGUUUGCGCUAGAUCGACGAGUCCGUCUGAAGAAGUACCCCAAGAGUCGUUAUCCUCGAGAGCGACGAAUCCUACUGUUAGCAUAAUUACAAGCAUUACUAGCAUUAUGUCAUUAGACACGGGUUAUCAGGGCGACGGAGAAUUAUCCAGGCCCGAGAGCAGAAACACUGAAAACGAAUCGAAACACAUAAAACUUCCGAUAACCGAAAAUGGUAUAUCCAUAAAAGGUAUUAAUUUUGACGAUGGGAAAACAAUGACGGAUUCGGAUUUUUUCACCGAAAGCGAUGCCGAUAUACACGACGAUUUGUCUUUGGCGGCUGCUGAAAUCGGUUCGGGGAGAGGUGAUAGAAAAGCACAAGUCAUCGAUGGAACUCUUUACGGCGGAGUAUCAAUUCAAAAUCACGCUGUCGUUAAUACGGAUAACGAGAGAAAUGACGUCGUGACAAGUCAUUUGGUUAAUCGGUCCGUUACGACUAACGAGGACAUGGAAUCGAGUGGGAUUUAUUCAGAUUUUGAAAAAAAAACCGAAGAAAAUUGCCCACCUAAAACGGAAUCCGUUUCUUAUUUGGAAAUGAUAACAGAGCAAAUGAAAACGAUACAGAAUCUUGCUCUCGCUUCGGCGGAAAAAAAAUCCCAGCAAGAUUCUUCGACGGAUCGCAUAGUCAAAUCAAGCAGCGGGGAAUCGUCGAAAACCGUUUACGAAAACACGUCUGUUGUAACUUCCGCUAAAAAAAGUAGCAAAGGAGGAGAUUACGCCGCGACGGAGCGUAAAGAGUCUACACCUACUACUAAAGUAUCCAGAAUGCCGAAUAGAAACGUACCCUCGAAAAUAAAAUCUUUCAUCGAAGCAGCACCGGUCACGGAAGUAGAGGGAAAAACCAAAGUUGUGAAAAAGGGAAAAUGGGAUGAUGUCAUGGAUAAAAUAGCACAGGGAAAAGAGGAGAAUAAAUAUACGCCGUCGAAAUUUCGGGAUGUCAAGAGUAAAGUUUUUCAAAAUAUCGGACCGUCGUACAACAGCAGGAGGAGCGAAGUGGAUACAAAAACGCCGCCGAAAAUGUCGCCGAUUUCACAAAUAAAACCGAGAAGCCGACGAAGUACUCGAAUACGAAGUUCGGAAUCGUCAUUGGUAUCGCCAAAAUCUAAACAAUCGAGAACAUCAUUGUCACCAAAUAGUUCUCAAAGGAGUUCUCUGAGUGAUAUAAGCCUCACGGGAAAUUCUCAUCAAAAAUCUGCUACCCGGCGCUCACUACUCAUUGCGCAUUUAAAAAUGCAAUAUUAA